UCCUGGUAUCCGCAUAACUACAUGGGAGAGACACCAGAGAGACAGAUGGGAUGCCUACAAAACCUCAAAUUUCUAAAGCUGAUCACACCAAGGAAGGACAGAAAAAAACUGUCACAGACCAGCAGAGACGAGGUGACCUACACUAACUAAUGCCAGAGGCUAAAACUUCCAGGCAGUGGAGAGCCAGAGGCUCCUCCCCGAGGUCGGGGACACUGGACUCUGGCCUGGGCGCGCCCCGCCUAACUGAGCACUUAGCUGCCCUCAGUCACAAAACCAGAGCAGGUAAGGACCGGAUCCUGGGCUCUCUGCCAGAUCGCCGGAGCCCGAGCAGGAGCAGGCGGAGGAGGCCUCCUCUGAGCGCCCUCCAAGAAGUCACCAUGACAACUGUAACAGUGACCACAGAAGUUCCCUCAAGCGGUAAGACAGAAGACGGCCACGUCUUCUGUGACUCUUCGUCUGCUCACAUUAUUGAAGAAACCGAGUAUGUGAGACAGAUGCGAACUACACUGGAAAAGAUCCGAAAUCACAUGUUUAAGGAAAAAGAAGGCUGUGGCAAUGCAAGGCACAAACUAGAUGCAGAGGGAUCUGGAAAUAUUCAGAAUGGCUCAGACUCCACCACAGACCCCACCUGUCUGGAUUUGCUCAUGGAAAACAUGAGAAGAAAAGAUCAGCAGCUCCUGGAAAUGAACAGAGAGAAUGAAGUGUUGCAAAUCAAGCUGGAAGCUUCCAGAGAAGCAGGAGCAGCAGCUUUGAGAAAUGUGGCUCAGAGAUUAUUUGACAACUACCAAACACAAGCUGGAGACCUGGAGAAAAAGCACGAGGGCAGGAAACAUCUCCUUCAGGUCAACAACCUUGAGAAAGAGCAGGCAUUAAAGGGAAGCGCCGAAAGUCUGAAUCUACUUUCAGAAAAACUGGAGGAAAAACAUGGGCAAAUCGUAGGGCUGGAAAACCGUGUACAGAGGAUGGAAAACGAAAAGAAAACGCUCUUAGAGAAAAAAUUGCGUUUAGAAAGCAAACUGUUCCAGCUUAAAUCCAACGCUGCAAAUCCAAAAAGUUCGGACUGUCUGAAGAUCCAAGAGUCCAUGGUCCUUGGUGUGAUCAUGAAGUGUCCUAUCAAGGUUCCUUUGCCCUGUUGCCAGGAUCUUCAAACGGAGAUUUCCAUCCUCCAGGAGCAGAUCUCCCAUUUGCAGUUCGUGAUCCACUCCCAGCACCAGAACCUUCGCAGCAUCAUCCAGGAGAUGGAAGGACUAAAAAAUACUUUAAAGGAGCAAGAUACAAAAAUUGAAAAUUUGAAAGAAAAGGUCACUGUGCUUGAAGCCCAGAAUAAAGAACUCAAAACCAGGGUGGCACAUUGGACUGAAACACCUAGGACCUUGGUAUCUAAGGCCGUCUCCACAAGCGAGUUGAAGACUGAAGGUGCUUCUCCAUAUUUGAUGUUAAUUCGGCUACGAAAAUGAACUGGCUGGAUGCAGCUCUGAUAGAGAAGGACUUAUAUAGAUUUUAGUUAUUCCUGAAAAUGCAGUUUCAGCUCCAGAGUUGAAAUGACAUCACGCCAGUAUUUAUCUAAAUGUAACUUAGUAUACAUCAAUAACAUCACAGGAAGGUAAUAUUACAAGCAAUUCAACAAAUGUCUACAAGAGAGAAGAAACUUUUUCCCCCAAAAUAACUUAAAAAGCCAAGGAACGAGGACCUUUCCCACAUGGAAGAUGAAUUCUGCUUUAAACCUAAAAAAAUGAAAUUUGAAUCUGUAUCGUCAAAUAUUUUACAAAUGGGACUCUUUUAAGGUUGUAGAUUUGACCUUUGAUAGUGGUUUGUAUAUGUAUAAAUAAAGGGAAGUAUGUAAAUAUGUAUAUGGGUGAAUGAUGUAAUUUAAUUCGACAUUUAGGUAAUAAAUAUCUUACCAUGCCACA